AUGGUUUUACUUAAAGAAAAACCUCGAACUAUAGGGACAGAUUCAGAUAAUUCAAUAUAUAAAGAUAUUGAACAAUCAAUAACACCACCAUCAGAUAAGAAUGAGAUUUUUAUUGAUCAAAUCAAUAAUGACCGUAUAACUGAAUAUGAUUCCCAUGGAGAAGUGAAAAGAGAUUUGAAAGCAAGACAUGUGGCAAUGAUAGGUAUUGGUAGUACCAUUGGAACAGGAUUAUUUAUAAGUACCGGUCAUUUACUUUCACAAACUGGCCCGGUAAUGUCCUUGAUUUCAUUUUUAUUUGUCACAACAAUUUGUUUCUCUGUCACCCAAUCUCUUGGUGAGAUGGCUACAUAUAUCCCUGUAUCUGGAUCCUUUGUUCAAUUUAUAACACGUUGGGUGUCCAAGAGUUGCGGUGCCGCCAAUGGUUGGUUAUAUGGUUGGUCAUGGGCCAUCACAUUUGGGUUGGAACUAUCGAUCGUUGGUCAAGUCAUACAAUUUUGGACAGAUGCCAUCCCACUAGCGGCAUGGAUCUCAAUAUUCUUUGUUUUAUUGACUGCGCUCAAUUUAUUCCCCGUGAAGUUUUAUGGAGAAAUUGAAUUUUGGAUGGCAUCGAUAAAAUUGACUGCGGUGAUAGGCUGGAUCAUUUAUGCGUUUUGUAUGGUAUGUGGGGCUGGUAAAACUGGUCCUGUGGGGUUCCGUUAUUGGCGAAAUGGGUAUGCAUGGGGUGAUGGAAUGAUAGUUCUGAAUAACGGAAAGUAUGCUAUUGCUUUCAUCAAUGGUCUUAUCAAUGCUGUUUUCACCUUCCAAGGUACUGAAUUGGUUGCUAUCACUGCUGGUGAAGCCUCACCAAAAGCCCUCAAAAGUGCCAUUCGUAAAGUCAUGUUCAGAAUUUUGGUGUUUUAUGUCUUGUGUAUGCUUUUCAUUGGUCUUUUGGUUCCCUAUAAUGACCCCAAAUUAACUGAAGAUGGCGGCUUUACAAGAAACUCUCCAUUCCUUAUUGCUAUGGAAAAUUCCGGUACGAAAGUUUUACCACACAUUUUCAAUGCCGUCAUUGUCACAACCAUUAUCUCAGCUGGUAAUUCUACCGUUUAUGCGGGAUCAAGAAUUUUUUAUGGAUUGGCUGAAUCAGGAGUAGCACCAAAGAUUUUCCUUAGCACUACUAAAGCUGGUGUUCCUUAUGUUGCAGUAUUAUUUACUGCUGCAUUUGGUGCAUUGGGGUAUCUAGUGGUUUCCAAUGAUGGCACGGUUGUUUUCAAUUGGCUUUUAAAUAUUGCUGCCACAGCGGGGUUGGUUGCUUGGGGGUUCAUUUCUGUUAGUCAUAUCCGAUUUAUGCAAGUUCUCAAACAACGAGGUAUCAGUAGAGAUACUCUACCUUUCAAAGCUUUCUUUAUGCCCUAUAGUGCCUAUUAUGCUGCUAUAGUUGUGUUUACAGUAGCAUUAAUUCAAGGUUUUACUGUGUUUUGGGAUUUCAAUGCCACCGAUUUCUUUACUGCUUAUGUAUCAUUAAUUGUCUUUGUUGUUUGGUGGAUUAUGUUUCAUUUUUUCUUUUUCGGGUUUGGCAAACAAGCAUGGAAAUGGAGUAAUGUGUUGAUACCUUUGGAGGAAUGUGAUAUUGAUACUGGAGUUAGAGAUAUUAAUGAUAUCGAAUUUGAUGUGCCACCACCGAAAAAUCUUUGGCAGAAGUUUUGGUUAAUCAUUGCCUAA